GUUUAGAAAAUCUUAGAUGGAAAAAUGCUCUCCAGAGAAGGUGACCUCCCUUACCAGAGGAGGAAUUCAGAAAAUUUAUGAAAUGGAAAACAAAGAUGAAGAAAGAAAUGAAGAGAAGAUCUACCUCCAAGUACUUCAGCUUAGAAUGUACGAAGAAAGUGAGAAGAAUAAAUCAGUCAAACAGAAGUUUAUACUUUCAGAUGGAAUCUCUUCCUCCAUCGUCUUUCUCGACAGAAAGAGAUAUAACAAGAACAAAGGGAACUCCAGUAUGAUUAAAGUCCAUGAUAUUGUAUACAUCAAGAGAGUUGCAAAGAAGCUCAAUGCAACAAAACCAUACCUCUUUUGAUUAGAUGUUCCAAUCCUUGUUUACACUGGUCUUAGGAGAAAGAUAGGUCGGCCUCAUGAUUACAGCAACAACCUUAAAUCAAACUCAUUGGAAAAUGAUAAAAUAGAUAUUUCCAUUCCUGAAGAAAUCUUAUCUAAAUAUGACCAGAUGGAAGACGCCCAAACAGAUGAUCACUUUGAAGUGCCAUCUCUUCCGAGUGGCGCUUUGAACGACCAGAAUAGCUUCAUGCCUAUAAAAGCUCUCAACUCCUUUGUUCCGGAAUGGAAGAUCAAAGCCAAAGUAAACAUGAAAGGAGAGAUAAAAAGAUGGAAUAAUGCUAGAGGAGAGGGAUACCUUCUCAACAUAAAUCUAAUCGAUUUCAAAGGCGAUAUGAUUCAGGCAACUUUCUUCAAAGAGGCAGUUGACAAGUUUGAGCCGAUACUUGAGGAAGGGUCUGUGUAUACCUUCUCCAACGGAUCCAUCAAAAAUGCUAAUAAGAAGUUUUCUACUAUUCCAAAUGACUUCUGUAUAAACUUUGGGACUGAGGCCGAAAUAGAACGAGUUGAAGAUGACGGAUCCAUCUCCUCUCCACAAGUGAGCUAUACCCCAAUUAGUACUAUCCAAGCCAUCGAGAGUGGGAGCUGAAUUAACGUAAUAGGCGUUAUCCUUGAAUACUCAGACUUGGAGACUAUCAGACUCAGAUCAGGUGGAGAGAAAAGUAAAAGAAUGAUAGAAAUCGCAGAUAACUCAGAUAACCACGAGGGGUGCUCCAUUAAAAUUUGUUACUGGGGUGAAAAAUCUAGGAAACUUAAUAUCCAAGUUGGAGAUAUAGUUUCAUUUACCUCCCUGAAAAUAAGUGAUUACAACGGUAAAUCUCUCAACACCAGUUCAGAUACCACCACUACCACAAAUCCUAUCUCCAAAGAAACUAAAUAGCCUUAAAAAGUGGUAUGGAGAAAUCCAAGAGAAAGCUAAUUUCAAAUCCCUCACUGAGAGCAGAAGCGAUUUUGACAAAAGGAGUUCUCAGAAUGUCAGGACGAUCGCAGAGAUAAAGAAUUUAGUGGAAAUGGCUCCUCAAUACGGUAUGGACAUCAGCUCUAACUUCUACGUAAUUAACGGCUAUGUAUCAUAUAUUAAAGCCGAUGAAAAGGCUACCUACCUUGGCUGUCCAGAUUGAUAUAGAAAGGUAUACCAAGAUUAUGAAGGCCAUUUCUACUGUGAAAAAUGAGCAAAAUCUCUUGAAAAAGGAGGACAGUAUAUUUAUAUGCUUACAGCAAGAAUCUCUGAUGCAACAGAUUCGUUAUUUGUUAACCUUUACAGAGAUAAUGCUAAUCCAAUCAUGGGAGGAAUGACAGCUGAUGAAUAUAGUAGGUUCCGUGAAGAUAACCUCACUAAAGUUGAUGAGAAGAUAGACCAAAGAACAUUGGCCCUGUUCAAGGAUAAAAUUACUUCAAAUUACUUCAAGCAUCAUUCUAUUUUAAUUAGAAUCAAGCCUGAAGAGCAUAAUAAUGAGAUCAGAUUUAAGUAUGCAGGAACUACAUCUAUAUAAAAGGAAAUAAUCCUAGUUCAAAUGACAAUAAAUAUAUCCAAUUCAGCUUUAAGAAAGACAACCAGAAUUUAUUAGACAGACUCGAAUGAUACUCCAAUAAACCAGACUGAUGACUGUACUAUUAA